AUGAAAAUCAAGGGAAAGCUUGUUUUUGACAAACACUCAGGCAAAUUGAUUGGUUUUACCUCGCUUGGUGACCCUGAUUUGGAUUAUUCAACGUUCGAAGAGCUUGAAGUUGCUACCCAUGUUCUUGCAUUCAUGAUUAGAGGUGUCCAAACCACUCUAAAAUUUAUGUUGGCAUAUUUUCUCACACAAACAGUGGUCUCGUAUCAAUUGGCCCCACUUUUUUGGCGAGCAGUUGGAAUAUUAGAACUGAAUUGUGAUCUCCAUGUUGUUGCAACUUCAAGUGAUGGAAUGUCAGCUAACCGGAAGUUUUAUCGACUGCACAAGCAUAUUAUGGGUGAGGAAUCAAAGAUUUUGAACAAGACAAUCAAUCUAUUUGCACCACAAAGGAAUAUUUGGUUCUUUGCAGAUGUACCACAUUUGAUGAAAACAACAAGAGGUAAUAUAUUAAGGAUGCUUUUAUUUAAAGCCGGGUUACAGUCCGUAAUGUAAACAAACGCUUUGUUUACAUUUUGAACUGCUAUAUUUCUUAAAAUAUUAUGAACUGUCAGAAAAUUUAACACUAUUUUGGUUCGCUAUACUUUUAAAUAAGUAUGAGCUAGUGUUUAUGUUCAGAAAUAUACAAAACAUGCGAAAUUUGCACAAUUUUGAAAUCCAGUAGUCUACCUUUGUUAUGAGCAGAACCGAUGCGCAGAACGGACUGUAACCCGGCUUUAAGCCCGGUUUACACUAUCAAAGUUUCUGUGAUCACAUUAGGAAUUUUGCAUUGGUAAAUUCUAAUUUUUGAAGGAUUUGUAAGAAAUGUUUGAGGCAACUGAAUAAGUGUUAAACACUAAAUCAUUUUCCUCAAACAUGUCUGACGAAUCCUUCAAAACUUAGAAUUUACCAAUGCAACAUUCCUACUGUGAUCACAGAAACUUUGACAGUGUAUGUAAACUGGGCGUUAGGCUAACUUUACUUUUCAAGGGGAUAGGCUUGCGCAUUAACCCAUUGAGCCUCAAUGCUCCCUACUUAUUUUUUUUACUUGUCUAACGCCAGACGAUUUUACUCGUCAAUGGGGAAGCUCUGCAGCUUAAUGGGUUAAAGAGCCUGCCAAGUUGCGCAUGUACAAUGAGAGGUCAAAUACCCAAACUUUGUUACGUUUUCAGUAACCACUGCACCCUGAUUGCCAGACAUUGUUUUAGUGUACUGUCAUUCAGUGGGUGAACAAAAUUUUUUGUCUCCCUUUUUACUAUACUGUGUAUCAUAAGAUUAUGAGAACUACAUACAUGUAGGUGCCCUGUAGUUUAUUAUAUAUGUUUUAUUUUAGGUAAUCUGCACAGUUCUGGCACAGGUGGAACAAGGUACCUUUGGAGAAAUGGAAAGAUUUUGCUGUGAAAGCACAUUUCUAGAUGCUAUUUUGCAGAUCUAGACUUGGGCCUCCACCAACUGCCAAAGUUGACCAUCGAGCAUAUUCAUUUAACAUCGUAUGCUAAAAUGAGGGUUAAUUUGGCAGUGCAAAUUCUUUCCAAAUCUAUGGCAGAAGCCCUCCGAAGAAGCAUGCCCCUGGAAGAAGUCUCAGAAACCGCAACUUUCUGUCAGCUGAUGAACGACUUCUUUGAUUGUUGCAAUGUUCGAUCGGGUCAUGAGCAUCAGAGAAAGCAGAACCCACUCCUGGCACCUUAUGAGAAAUGUGAUGAUCCACGCUUUGUGUGGUUGACUGACACUUUUCUUCAGUACUUUGUUGACUGGAAAGAAGCGAUCAGCAAGAGAGAAGGUUUCACCCCAGACGGGAUGACACGAAUGUUUAUCUCAAUUCAGACAUAUGAAGGUCUACAAAUGUCAGUGAACAGUCUGAUUGAAUGCACCAAGUUUUUGUUAGGGAAUGGAGUAUCAUAUGUCCUCACUGAGCGCUUCAUGCAAGACUGCCUUGAGGAAUACUUUGGCCACCAAAGACAACGCGGGCGAAGAUCUGACAACCCGGAUGCAGUCCAGUUUGGAUACAAUGACCGUAUUUUGCAGAUCCAAAGAAAUGCCGGCCUUGUGUCACGAGGGAAUGUUGGAUCACGACAAAAAGCGGGUGAGUCACGAUGGGCUACUAUUAGGGAAGAGCCUUUACCCAAGAAGAAGAAGGAAAAGAAGCAGAAUUAA